AUGGAGAUCGUGUACGUGUACACGAAGAAGCGCAGCGACUUCGGCCGCCCCUGCAACUUCUCGGAGCGGGCGGCCGAGGUGGCCGUGGACAUCGCGCCCGACCCCGGCGCCGCGGCCGCCUUCGUGCCCAGGAACCCCGUGGACGCGCACGUGCAGCACGCGAGCGACAUGUCGGAGCACGAGGUCAACACGGAGCGCGUGGAGGUGGAGACGCGCGGCGUGAACCACACCGAGGGCGGCUGGCCCAAGGACAUCAACCCGCACGAGCUGGAGCAGACCAUCCGCUUCCGCAAGAAGGUGGAGAAGGACGAGAACUACAUCAACACCAUCACGCACCUCGGCACCCUCAUGGAGCACUGCAUCAAGCAGAACAACGCCAUCAACAUCUACGAGGACUACUUUGGAGAGGAGGAGAUGGCCGAGGUGGAAGACGAGCCCCCCUCGGCCAAAACCAUCAAUGUCAUGAGGGACCCAAACAUUACCAAGAGGACAGCCACGCAUCUCUCCUGGCACCCUGAUGGAUGCAAGAAGCUGGCGGUAGCUUAUUCCAGCCUGGAGUUCCAGCAGAACGUGAAGGACAUGAGCUUUGACUCGUACAUCUGGGAUCUCGAAAACUCCAACAAGCCGGAGCUGGUUCUCAAGCCGUCGUCCCCUCUCGUGAGCCUGGAAUACAACCCCAAGGACUCGCACAUCCUGGCCGGCGGCUGCUACAACGGGCAGAUCGCUUACUGGGACACGCGGAAGGGGAGGCUGCCCGUGGAGGUCUCCACCGUGGAGUUCAGCCACAGGGAUCCCGUGUACGGAGCGAUCUGGCUGCAGUCCAAAACCGGCACCGAGUGCUUCUCGGCCUCCACCGACGGGCAGGUGCUGUGGUGGGACAUCCGCAAGCUCUCCGAGCCCACCGAGACGCUGGUGUUGGACAUCUCCCGCAAGGGGCUCCUGGAGAACGCCCUGGGCGCCAUCUCGCUGGAGUUCGAGCCCACCAUGCCCACCAAGUUCAUGGUGGGCACAGAGCAGGGCAUCAUCAUCACCUGCAACCGCAAGGCCAAGACACCCCCCGAAAAGAUUGCCGGCACCUACAGCGGCCACCACGGGCCUGUCUACGCGCUCUCCAGGAACCCUUUCUACCCCAAAUUCUUCCUGACCGUCGGGGACUGGACUGCUCGGAUCUGGUCAGAGGAGAGCAAAGAAUCCUCCAUUAUGUGGACCAAGUACCACCUCUCCUACCUCACCGACGGCUGCUGGAGCACCGUGAGGCCGGCUGUCUUCUUCACGACCAAGAUGGACGGGACGCUGGACAUCUGGGACUUCCUCUUCAAGCAGAACGACCCUUCCCUCAGCCUGAAGAUCUGCGACGAGCCCCUCUUCAGCCUGCGCCUGCAGGACAACGGCUGCGUCGUGGGCUGCGGCUCCAAGCUGGGCACCGUCACGCUGCUCGAGAUCUCCUCGGGGCUCUGCACCCUGCAGAAGAACGAGAAGACCCUGGCCACGGCCAUGUUCGAGCGGGAGACCAAGCGGGAGAAGAUCCUGGAGGCCCGGCACCGCGAGAUGCGCCUCAAGGAGCGCGCGCGGGCCGAGGGCCGCGACGAGGAGCCCCGGGAGGAGGCCGAGGAGGAGAGCUCCGCCGAGCUGCUCCAGCGCGUCCGCAGCGACUUCCUCGAGGCCAUCGAAGCGGAGCUGCGACGAAGGGCGCAGGCCGAGGCCAAGCGCUUGCGUGCCAAGGACAGUGAGGAACACAGCCGAGAGGAGGAGGAGGAGGAGGAGGAAGAGAGCAAGCUGCCAGAGUUUGAAGGCGAAGAGGAGGAGGAGGAGGAGGAGGAGGAGGAAGAGGAGGGGGAUGCUACCAAGGAGCCCUAGCUGGGCAGCGGCACCCCUGGACGGCGGAGGGACCUCUGAGUCAGUCCCAGAUGCUC